UCCUCCUGGAUUUCUUAUCACCCACGUAGUGUACCCAGUUACUGCGAUCUAGAAGUACCGAACUGCCGACAAAGCAUUUUAGUUUAAAUUGAACCUCUGAUUAAGAAGAAAUGCCUUUAUCGUAGAAAAUGGAUUGCAACAGAAUUCUACUGUUUUUUCAUAUUGUUAUAUUCUGCAAUGUACAGCCGAUUGUGCCAGUUGCAGGUGCCUCUACAUACGAAUCAUCGACUGUCGCCACUAAAACGACGGUACCGACAACAACCGCACCGUACUCUACCAACGAAUCAUCGAGUGUCGAUAACAAAACGACAGUACCGACAACAAGCGCAUCGUCAUCCACACAUACAUUAAAUGCCACUGACGAUCAAGCUGUUGACAACUUUUCGAUUGGGAUGUCAUCAACAGCUACUCCACCUCGAUCGCCGGAAGCACCAACAAGUACUUCAUCAACGCUUGAAACAAACGACUCAACACAGGCGUCAACAACACUAAAUGUUUCAACGACUGCCUCAACAUCGACGAAUGGUACCAGUUUAACAACAAAGACGUCUUUACCGGCAACAACAACUGCAACAAAAACAUCGACUACAAAACUCACAACAUUAAUAUCAUCGCUAACUACACCGACAUCAACACCAACAUCGACAACAACAAUAAAACCUACAUCUACAACGGCAAUAUCGGUCUGCAGUGGUCCAAACAAAUCCGAAGACAGUCAUUGGACAUAUAAUGCAACUACACUAACCAAAUCGAAUACGGCCCGCAGUACCACUUACCUGACACUCGAUUGCGAGAACGGUUACUGGCUGUCUUCUCAACGCGCACUAACACAAACUAUUCACUGUGGAAUGGAUGGCAAUUGGACAAACCCAGAGAAAUGUGUUGAAAUAGUCUGCAGUGGUCCCAACAAACCCGAAGAAAGUCAUUGGACAUAUAAUUCAACUACACUAACACAAUCUAAUUCGGCCCGCAGUACCACUAACCUGACACUCGAAUGCGAGAAAGGUUACUGGGUGUCUGCUGAACGCGGACGAAUACAAACAAUACACUGUGGAAAUGAUGGAAAAUGGACAGACCCAGAGAAAUGUGUUGAAAUAGUCUGCAGUGGCCCUAACAAACCCGAAGAAAGUCAUUGGACAUAUAUUGCAACUACUCUAACACAAUCAAAUACGGCCCGCAGUACCACUAACCUGACACUCGAAUGUGAGAACGGUUACUGGCUGUCUGCUCAACGCGCACGAACUCAAACAAUACACUGUGGAAUGGAUGGCAAUUGGACAAACCCAGAAAAAUGUGUUGAAAUAGCUUGCCCGGCCCUCAAAACAGAACACACUAAUAAAAGCCACUGGCAUUUGGAUGGUGCUGAGUUACACAAUGAUACGUUGAUGAAUUACGACGCGAACGUGCCACUAAGGUGUGACGUUGGAUACUGGUUACAUCCUGGGGGGAUUUCGGGCAACCCAAAUACAACCCAGACACUGAAGUGCGGAAUAAACGGGACCUGGACACCUGCUGCAGAUUGUUCUGUGAUAACUUGUCCGGCCCUCAACACAGAACACACUAGUAAAAGCCACUGGCAUUUGGAUGGUGCUGAGUUACACAAUGAUACGUUGAUGAAUUACGACGUAAACGUGCCACUAAGGUGUGACGUUGGAUACUGGUUGCAUCCUGGGUCGACUUCGGGCAACCCAAAUACAACCCAGACACUGAAGUGCGGAAUAAACGGGACCUGGACACCUGCUGCAGAUUGCUCUGUGAUAACUUGCCCGGCCCUCAUAACAGAACACACUAAUACAAGCCACUGGCAUUUGGAUGGUGCUGAGUUACACAAUGAUACGUUGAUGAAUUACGACGCGAACGUGCCACUAAGGUGUGACAUUGGAUACUGGUUGCACCCUGGGUCGACUGCGGGCAACCCAAAUACAACUCAGACACUGAAGUGCGGAAUAAAUGGGACCUGGACACCUGCUGCAGAUUGCUCAUUGAUAACUUGCCCGGCCCUCAAAACAGAACACACUAAUACAAGCCACUGGCAUUUGGAUGGUGCUGAGUUACACAAUGAUACGUUGAUGAAUUACGACGCGAACGUGCCACUAAGGUGUGACUUUGGAUACUGGUUGCACCCUGGGUCGACUACGGGCAACCCAAAUACAACUCAGACACUGAAGUGCGGAAUAAAUGGGACCUGGACACCUGCUGCAGAUUGCUCAUUGAUAACUUGCCCGGCCCUCAUAACAGAACACACUAAUACAAGCCACUGGCAUUUGGAUGGUGCUGAGUUACACAAUGAUACGUUGAUGAAUUACGACGCGAACGUGCCACUAAGGUGUGACAUUGGAUACUGGUUGCACCCUGGGUCGACUUCGGGCAACCCAAAUACAACUCAGACACUGAAGUGCGGAAUAAAUGGGACCUGGACACCUGCUGCAGAUUGCUCAUUGAUAACUUGCCCGGCCCUCAUAACAGAACACACUAAUACAAGCCACUGGCAUUUGGAUGGUGCUGAGUUACACAAUGAUACGUUGAUGAAUUACGACGCGAACGUGCCACUAAGGUGUGACAUUGGAUACUGGUUGCACCCUGGGUCGACUUCGGGCAACCCAAAUACAACUCAGACACUGAAGUGCGGAAUAAAUGGGACCUGGACACCUGCUGCAGAUUGCUCAUUGAUAACUUGCCCGGCCCUCAAAACAGAACACACUAAUACAAGCCACUGGCAUUUGGAUGGUGCUGAGUUACACAAUGAUACGUUGAUGAAUUACGACGCGAACGUGCCACUAAGGUGUGACAUUGGAUACUGGUUGCACCCUGGGUCGACUUCGGGCAACCCAAAUACAACUCAGACACUGAAGUGCGGAAUAAAUGGGACCUGGACACCUGCUGCAGAUUGCUCAUUGAUAACUUGCCCGGCCCUCAAAACAGAACACACUAAUACAAGCCACUGGCAUUUGGAUGGUGCUGAGUUACACAAUGAUACGUUGAUGAAUUACGACGCGAACGUGCCACUAAGGUGUGACAUUGGAUACUGGUUGCACCCUGGGUCGACUUCGGGCAACCCAAAUACAACUCAGACACUGAAGUGCGGAAUAAAUGGGACCUGGACACCUGCUGCAGAUUGCUCAUUGAUAACUUGCCCGGCCCUCAUAACAGAACACACUAAUACAAGCCACUGGCAUUUGGAUGGUGCUGAGUUACACAAUGAUACGUUGAUGAAUUACGACGCGAACGUGCCACUAAGGUGUGACAUUGGAUACUGGUUGCACCCUUGGUCGACUUCGGGCAACCCAAAUACAACUCAGACACUGAAGUGCGGAAUAAAUGGGACCUGGACACCUGCUGCAGAUUGCUCAUUGAUAACUUGCCCGGCCCUCAUAACAGAACACACUAAUACAAGCCACUGGCAUUUGGAUGGUGCUGAGUUACACAAUGAUACGUUGAUGAAUUACGACGCGAACGUGCCACUAAGGUGUGACAUUGGAUACUGGUUGCACCCUUGGUCGACUACGGGCAACCCAAAUACAACUCAGACACUGAAGUGCGGAAUAAAUGGGACCUGGACACCUGCUGCAGAUUGCUCAUUGAUAACUUGCCCGGCCCUCAUAACAGAACACACUAAUACAAGCCACUGGCAUUUGGAUGGUGCUGAGUUACACAAUGAUACGUUGAUGAAUUACGACGCGAACGUGCCACUAAGGUGUGACAUUGGAUACUGGUUGCACCCUUGGUCGACUUCGGGCAACCCAAAUACAACUCAGACACUGAAGUGCGGAAUAAAUGGGACCUGGACACCUGCUGCAGAUUGCUCAUUGAUAACUUGCCCGGCCCUCAUAACAGAACACACUAAUACAAGCCACUGGCAUUUGGAUGGUGCUGAGUUACACAAUGAUACGUUGAUGAAUUACGACGCGAACGUGCCACUAAGGUGUGACAUUGGAUACUGGUUGCACCCUGGGUCGACUUCGGGCAACCCAAAUACAACUCAGACACUGAAGUGCGGAAUAAAUGGGACCUGGACACCUGCUGCAGAUUGCUCAUUGAUAACUUGCCCGGCCCUCAUAACAGAACACACUAAUACAAGCCACUGGCAUUUGGAUGGUGCUGAGUUACACAAUGAUACGUUGAUGAAUUACGACGCGAACGUGCCACUAAGGUGUGACGUUGGAUACUGGUUGCACCCUUGGUCGACUGCGGGCAACCCAAAUACAACUCAGACACUGAAGUGCGGAAUAAAUGGGACCUGGACACCUGCUGCAGAUUGCUCAUUGAUAACUUGCCCGGCCCUCAUAACAGAACACACUAAUACAAGCCACUGGCAUUUGGAUGGUGCUGAGUUACACAAUGAUACGUUGAUGAAUUACGACGCGAACGUGCCACUAAGGUGUGACAUUGGAUACUGGUUGCACCCUUGGUCGACUUCGGGCAACCCAAAUACAACUCAGACACUGAAGUGCGGAAUAAAUGGGACCUGGACACCUGCUGCAGAUUGCUCAUUGAUAACUUGCCCGGCCCUCAUAACAGAACACACUAAUACAAGCCACUGGCAUUUGGAUGGUGCUGAGUUACACAAUGAUACGUUGAUGAAUUACGACGCGAACGUGCCACUAAGGUGUGACAUUGGAUACUGGUUGCACCCUUGGUCGACUUCGGGCAACCCAAAUACAACUCAGACACUGAAGUGCGGAAUAAAUGGGACCUGGACACCUGCUGCAGAUUGCUCAUUGAUAACUUGCCCGGCCCUCAAAACAGAACACACUAAUACAAGCCACUGGCAUUUGGAUGGUGCUGAGUUACACAAUGAUACGUUGAUGAAUUACGACGCGAACGUGCCACUAAGGUGUGACAUUGGAUACUGGUUGCACCCUUGGUCGACUUCGGGCAACCCAAAUACAACUCAGACACUGAAGUGCGGAAUAAAUGGGACCUGGACACCUGCUGCAGAUUGCUCAUUGAUAACUUGCCCGGCCCUCAAAACAGAACACACUAAUACAAGCCACUGGCAUUUGGAUGGUGCUGAGUUACACAAUGAUACGUUGAUGAAUUACGACGCGAACGUUCCACUAAGGUGUGACGUUGGAUACUGGUUGCACCCUUGGUCGACUGCGGGCAACCCAAAUACAACUCAGACACUGAAGUGCGGAAUAAAUGGGACCUGGACACCUGCUGCAGAUUGCUCAUUGAUAACUUGCCCGACCCUCAAAACAGAACACACUAAUAAAAGCCACUGGCAUUUGGAUGGUGCUGGGUUACACAAUGAUACGUUGAUGAUUUACGACGCGAACGUGCCACUAAGGUGUGACGUUGGAUACUGGUUGCACCCUGGGUCGACUUCGGGCAACCCAAAUACAACCCAGACACUGAAGUGCGGAAUAAACGGGACCUGGACACCUGCUGCAGAUUGCUCUGUGAUAACUUGCCCGACCCUCAAAACAGAACACACUAAUAAAAGCCACUGGCAUUUGGAUGGUGCUGGGUUACACAAUGAUACGUUGAUGAUUUACGACGCGAACGUGCCACUAAGGUGUGACGUUGGAUACUGGUUGCACCCUGGGUCGACUUCGGGCAACCCAAAUACAACCCAGACACUGAAGUGCGGAAUAAACGGGACCUGGACACCUGCUGCAGAUUGCUCUGUGAUAACUUGCCCGACCCUCAAAACAGAACACACUAAUAAAAGCCACUGGCAUUUGGAUGGUGCUGGGUUACACAAUGAUACGUUGAUGAUUUACGACGCGAACGUGCCACUAAGGUGUGACGUUGGAUACUGGUUGCACCCUGGGUCGUCUUCGGGCAACCCAAAUACAACCCAGACACUGAAGUGCGGAAUAAACGGGACCUGGACACCUGCUGCAGAUUGCUCUGUGAUAAAUUGCGGUAAAUUUACUAGCGAUGACCCAAUCUCCGAUUAUGCACAAAUAACAUGGCAUAGUGGAACCCUCUUUGGAGAUGUCACUACUGUAAAUUGCAAUGACGGGUACAGAAUCGUGGGACCCCACGUGAAUAAACAUGUAUCAGAGAAUAUAACGUGUGGUUCCGAUGGCCGUUGGAGAAACAUGUCUGGCUGCGAACUAAAAGAUUGUGGAAAACCUUUUGAACCAGACCAUGGCUGGGUAAAUAUCUCAAAUGGAACCGCUGUAGGAAACACGGCUACAUUCUUCUGUGAUAUAGGCUACACUGUUGUCGGAAACAAUAAAACAACAUGUCUUAACAACAACACCUGGAACCGUCCGACACCAGAGUGCAAAAUCAAUGAUUGUGGGAACCUGACGCAACCGCGACACGGAAAUGUGGAUACCUCUAACGGAACAACAUAUCUUUCGGUCGCCGUGUACUCGUGUGACAUUGGAUACACGCUGCUUGGAAAUAUAUCCCGUCUUUGUUAUGCAAACAAGACAUGGGGUGAUCUACCACCGACAUGCAUAAUUAAUAAUUGUAAAGAUCCGAACCCCAUCUCAAAUGGUAACUACACCCUUUUGAACGGCACAACGACCUAUGAGUCGACGGUUCGGUAUUCGUGUAACACGGGGUAUACACUGCACGGUACCGACAUUAGACGUUGCCUUUCCAACAGUAGCUGGACUCCGCUGGAUGUCAACUGUACAAUUAAAGAUUGUUUUGAUAAAGUUUUGCCCGAAUUCGCGAAUGUAACUUUCUGGAACGGAACAGUGUACGUGUCCAUAGCAACUGUACAAUGUAAAGAGGGAUACAGAAUAAUCGGUCGUAACGAUAACUGGUUAACAGCGGAAAACAUAAAGUGCACUGCCUACGGCAACUGGUCUGAAUAUGCUGGUUGUGAAAAGAAAGACUGUGGUAAAAAUGAAUCAUACGAUAACGCUUCUGUGCUCUGGACAAAUGAGACACGGUUUGAGUCUUCGGUAAUUGUUCAGUGCGCUGAAGGAUAUCGAAUAAACGGUACUCAUGACAAUAACGUAACAAAUGAAAAUAUAAAAUGCCAGGCGGAUGGUCAUUGGUCGACAUCACUAGGAUGUAUCAAAAAAGAAUGUCCAAUAAAUAUCGAAGUCAAUCACGGUAAUGUGACAUAUUAUGGGCAACUGUACCGUGACAUUGCCUCUAUAAGAUGCUCCCCGGGCUAUAAAAUUAACGGCACGGAAGGCAACAACAUCGUCAAUCAAACUGUGAAGUGUCAAUCUACGGGGAGAUGGCAACUUCCAAGUGGUUGUGUACAAAAAGAUUGUUUAGACAAAGAACAACCCGCGAAUGCGAGUGUUAAUUACUUGAACGGUACUCUUUACGAAUCAAUAGCAGUCAGCACAUGUCGGGAGGGUUACCGUAUCAAAGGAAGAAACACAAAUGCCAAUAUAUCGGAGGAAAUACGGUGUCUGGAUACGGGAUUAUGGUCUCAUUCAUUAGGAUGUGAACGAAAAGACUGCGGAUCAGCUGUAACCGUAAACAACGCCCAUGUUGGUCUCCAACCAUCUGGUAAUACUUUAUACGAGGCCAAUGUCACUGUUACAUGCCUUACCGGGUAUCGGCUCUACGGACUUCAUUACAAUCAUCAAGUUGAUGAACAAAUCCAGUGUCUCUCAAACGGAUCUUGGCAACUUUCAUUCGGCUGUGAACGGAAAGAUUGUGGAAAUGAUUUGAACCCAAGAAAUGCCAACGUGACGUUUCCGAAUGGGACAACGUAUCAGUCAACUGCCAACGUGCAAUGUAUUGACGGUUACCGUCUACAAGGCCAAAACGACAACAAUAAAACGGUCGAACACAUUCAGUGUACUGAUGGCGGCUAUUGGGACGUGUCGCAUGGGUGCGAAAGAAAAGACUGUGGAAAACCUCAUGAUAUCAGCAACGGAAAAGUUACGCGUGGACCUUGGACAUUUGAGAGCACUGUAAACUAUACGUGUAACAAUGGCUACCACACCGUUGACGUAACCACUCUGAAGUGUAACAGCAGUGGUCUGUGGAAUAAUAAUCCGCCGAACUGCACUGAUAUAGAUGAAUGCCAAAAGCGCGAUCAAAACGACUGUCACUACUACUCCAACUGCACGAACACUCCGGGAAGCUACACGUGCAAGUGCAUCGAGGGUUAUGAUGACCUAGAAGGGAACAGAGGUCGAAGGUGUGAAGAUCACAACGAAUGCGAGGACCCUCCGAAUACCCAGUGCAGUUUCUGGCUCAACAAAACGCGCGCAUGCGUUAACUUGCAGGGUGGUUAUAUUUGUAUAUGCAACAAGGGAUGGAACGGUACAAAAUGUGAUAAUGAUAUUAAUGAAUGUUUGGAACCACACCCAUGUGGUGAACAUGGUCAUUGCACAAACCUUUUUGGAAGUUAUAACUGCUCAUGCCCACCUCAAUACCCACAGGGUAACGCUUUCCUUGGCUGUUUCGAGCCUGUAAUCAUUUCAUUUGAGACCAAUGGUACAAGAUUCAAUGGUGACAACGAAAUCUUAGAUACAUUUCAAAUACCCAACAGGUUUCCGUACUUUGGAACAUACUACACGUUAUUCAGGCCAAGCAUGGAUGGAUUCCUCGCUCUCGACUUCCAGCCACUUUACAAUCAAUAUGGGGGCGAAACUCCCAGCGAAUGGACAGCUGCUAUUCAGAAGCAUAUCGUCAUUGCUCCGCUAUGGACUAACAUUGACAGCCGAAAUAUAUCAAAUGGUGGUCUUUGGAUCAACGUGUUGACUUACAAAGACAAGUCUGACGUGGCAAAAAUCCAGGACCUCGUUCGCCAUUACACCAACCAGACCGAGUUCAAUGUCAGUGUGGCCCUGGUCGCCACGUGGAAACACGUUACUAUUCACUCGCCUUACGAACCCGGAUAUGAACUCGUCAAUCAUCAGAACCUUUCCAUGCAAGUCAUAUUAGUGACAGAUGGUAUGUACACGUACAUUAUGUUCAACUACGACAGAGAACAAUUCAGCAUCAGACCACUACCGGAAGUACCUGUUGCCAGUGGUUACACUCAUUUGGACUAUUCCGCAUCCGUUCUGUCAACAAGAAACAACUUUACAAAUCUAAAUAAGGAAUCAAACGUUUACCCGGCAUUCCCGGGCCGAUGGCUGUAUAACGUUACAACUAUAACCGCCUCAAUGUGGAAUGAGACCAGGUGUUUGCAGUUUGUGAAGGAAAAUAACCGCACAUUAAAGAGCUGGAUAACAGAACAGCUGGUGUAUGCAUUACCCUGUCCGUGCCAAGAGGUGCUCAUGUUGGAGGAUUACACGUUUACUCGGAAAGAUGAGAUAUUACCUGGUAUUGGAACCAAGUUCACCCACACCACUUGCUACGAGUCCUGGUUCUUCAGCGCCUACGGGAUCAAACAGAGAUGCUGCUACAUGUUCAGCAAACUACAGUCUCAGUAUCCGGGGGCUGUAGCAGCGGAGUUUGAGAACACCACCAUUGCAUCACUCCUCCAGGAAGGCUACUACCAGUGCUGCUCUCCUGAGGGCAGCCAGAAAUACUGUCACUUGUACCAGCAGAUCAAUCCGCCUGAUGACUGCUCCAGAUACACGAUCAGCGAUGAGAUACCACUGGAGGACAAGAAAGACACUCCACAAAUUAAAGACGUGUCGGUGGAUGUGGAGAAAUUAGCAACGAAUCCUCGAAAUCGGGUCGUGAGAAAUGUACAAAGUGAUGGUGAGCAGAGAAAAUCCAUAUCAAAUGUUGACAGUAUUAAUAACGUGUCCAUGUUUAUGACUAUGUACAGAAAUCUGAAAAAGAUGUUUGGGUUCGGAUAAAAAAAUAUGAUUUUUCUCGAAGGUAAUCAUAUAACUUGACAUGAAUUGACGUAUUGCAUAAUUUGUGUGCAGUAGCGUGUAAGUUUGAAGAAAUGUAUGUGGUGAUUUUUUCCAGUCAUAAACAUUAUUGUUUCCAUACAUAUAGAACAUGUUGCAGUGUUAGUGUAGUGUGUGUAUUGUGUGAUGAUGAUACCAGUAUUAACAUCGUGUGUUGACAUAUUAAUCAGAAAAGGUUGUAAUAUAUACACAUUAUUUUCAAUUUUAAAACGUCUUCUCCCUUUAUUGAAUUCAAUACUUGGUGCUCGAUUGUGCCGCGUAUUGUUUCAUUUAGUAAUAAACUAAAGAUCGGGCGAAAUGAACACACUAAUGUUUAUAAUGAAGUUUGUAAGUGUAAGGGUAUUUAUAAUUAUCUGCCCCUCAUUAAGAGCCUGUCACGUACACGUUGUACAAAUCGCUCAUCAAUUGCUGCUUUAGUUCAUUUAAGGUUUUAUGGUAGAAGAUUUACAUUCUUAACGGCAAGACUUUCGAUGUCAUUUGUGUUAUCAAGUUGCUUUUAAUGCGUUGUAUCAAAAUAGUUACAUUAAUCCCUACAUGUAUACCUUAAUUAAAUAAACAUACUCGUCAUAUGAAACCUUCUAUAAUUGUGAUUACAUAAAACGUACACGUUAUUGAACUUAGCAAUAAAAUAUUCAUGUAUGUUAGAAUUCAUCAUUUUUGUAUUAUUGAUUAAACCGACGUGAUUGUU